AUGGGUAACGUUCCAGGAAAAAUGGACCAAGAAGAUGGUUUUAAUGAUGCCAGACCAGAUUCUUCAUAUAAUACUGCCUCAUCAAGUACCACGGUCAAACAAUAUGAUGAUGAUAUACCUUCAAGGGUUAGAGCAAGGCGCACCUCUUCUUUAGUCAACAGUAUAUUAAAUGGUAAUAAUACUCGUACAAGAGCGGGCUCUAAUUUAUCCAGUACUAAUAGGAGAAAGACGUCACGGGAAAAGGAGCUGGCGAAAGAGGCACAUGCCAAACAAUUAAUUGUGAGAUGUAGCGAAACUGUCGAUGGUGGUUUUUUAGCACCAUUUGGUUGCUAUUCGUUUGAAAAACUAGACUAUGACGCUACUGUUGUCAAAAAUUUAAUAAUCAAAAGAAUGAUAGCUCCGUUUUAUACUCCCCUACAGGAUUUCGAUGAAAGUUGGACAAGAGACGAGUUGAUAAAAAUUGUUGAUGGAUUGCCAUUGCACGAUACAUUCGAUGAAAAUUUAGAGGAAUUUGAAGAUGUACCGAUAGGUAAUUUAAGGAAGCCAACUUUCAAUGAACUAAUAGACAAAUCCUUAUCUAAAAAAGAACAGAGAAGAAUGCACGCGAGGAUUUUUAGGGCAAGAUUAUAUAAAAAAAGAAUUAUAUGGCAAGAAAACGAAAGUGAGACGUUUUUAGAGAGAAAAUUAGACAUGAAAAGAAUCGACAGUAAGCUCAGAAACGCUAGCGAUAAUAGAAGUAAUCAGACGAAAAAAAACCAUCAUCUACCCAGUGAUGAUUUAAAGUAUGUUCUUUACAAAAACGGUUCAGAAUGUCCUAUUUGUUUCCUAUAUUUCCCAGGGCCAUUCAAUCAUUCCAAAUGUUGUCAACAGCCUAUUUGUACUGAAUGUUUCGUACAAAUAAAAAGAGCGGAUCCCCAUUUUCCUCAUGACGAGGUAGACCCUACCGAACCACCAACAAAUGAUGAUGAAAAGGACCCUAAUCUGCUCACUUCUGAGCCAGCAAACUGUCCCUACUGCGCUACUGCUAACUUCAGCAUUACUUAUCAACCUCCUACAGAUCGUGAAACUGGUAUAGGUGGUAUGCCUCCUGAAUCUUACGUUUAUAGAAAUGGUGCCAUAUCAAAACCCGAUGAUGGUAAGCCGCAUGUUUCUGUAAUUACAUCGGAUACCAUUCGUCCUGACUGGGAAACAAAGCUGAAUAAGGAAAGGUCAAGAUUGAUGAGGAGAUCUGCGAAUGCCACCGCUAUACAUAUAAGCAAUAGAUUAAUCGAUCCCAAUCAUAGUACAAGAAGAAGUACAAGCCACAGUUCAACACCUGUUCAAGACGAAAGUACAUCGGCUUCAAGAUCACCCGAACCGACAAUAAACGAAAUUGAAGACCAAAUGGUCAGAGAAGCUAUCCGAUUAAGUCUUGAAGAUCAGGAGAACCGAAGAAAACCAAAGAAUAAAAAUACUUCUUUUUGA